AUGCAGGCCGCCAACAAUGCCGGCAGCACCUGGCGCAAAGUAUUUGACGAGUUGUUGGUGCUCGAGCAGGAUUUUGAUACAGCCAUGCAGAUACUGAUAAAUCAGGAUUCGAAGGUGGCGAAGUUGUCGCUUGAGGAUACACAUCAUACAAGGAGCCAGCAUGUUCAUGACGCGAAAGUCAAAGAAGCCUCAAUUAGAUGCAAACGCCGCGGCAUGAGCCGCAAACGACGGUGUUCUACGCGCGAAUCCAUACCGCGACCAAAACCUCCCCCAAUUCCCUCGUCACAUGUUUCAGACACGACGCGGGUUGUAUCGGACAUCCAGUCGAAUGACUUCCUUAAUCGGCUUAACGCGGACAGAAUGUCGCUAGCCUUACUGAAGAUGCUGAAAUUACACUUUAUUCAAUUAAAAUCUGCGCAGAGUCCGGAAAGCAAGUUUCGGUCGUUAACUCAGACACAAAUGCGAUUUUCAAGCGGAUGA